AUGCCUGCUUCAAACACUCCCUUCUCCUCCCUCCUCCCAUUAGCCCUCCCCUUUCUUCGUGCCGAACCCCAUCUCGUCGACCCAAAUCUUCCCCACAUGGUCUCCGCCAUCACCUCCGUCGGCGCCGGCGAGUGCUGGCACAAAGACAACUGCUUUCUCGGUCACCUGCUCGAUGUCUACCGCAUCCUCAAGCUCUGGGGAGCCCCCGACCCUGUCGCCCGCUGCGGCCUUUUCCACUCUGUCUACUCCAAUUCCUACGUCGACCUCGCCAUCUUCGACCCCGCGAACGGUGGCCGCGAGCUCCUGCGAUCGAUCGCCGGCGACGAGGCGGAGAGACUUGUUCAUCUGUUCUGUAUUGUGCCGAGGCAGAGUCUUAUACACGAUGACUUGCUUUUCCAGUAUACGGAGUUGGAGUUAGUGGAGCAUUUGACGGAAUCGGAGGAGUCGGUGCGACGGGCGAGGGACGAAGGGGUUGUGGAUGAGAGGGAGCCGUGGCGGAGGAAGAUGGUGGCGGUGCUGCCGGAGGGUGGCGUUACAGUGAAGCACAUUAAUACAGGGGAGGAUGUGGCGUUGUCUCGGCGGAUGGUGGCGACGUUUCUGCUCAUGACAAUGGCGGAUUUCUGUGAUCAGCUUUAUGCAUUCCAGGACGAGCUAUUCGACAACACCGAUGGUCAAAUGAACUUCUCCGGCAACACAUUCACCGCACUCUGGCCCGGCGACGGCCGACCCGGUCUAUGGAUGAACUCCCUCUCCCGAAUGGCCGCCCUCUACAACCUCAUUCUCCGCGAAGAAAGUCUCUACUUACAAUCACGAAAAGCAUCGAUCCCGAUCCAAUCCGAGCGGGACGAAGCGUUAGAACUAAUCGUCCCGCCAGUCUUUUCCAACUGCACCAAAAUCUUAGGAAGGGAAUCCCAACUCCUGGCGAGAGAUCUCUACUGGAAGGCAAUGGCGGGGCCUGCGAACAAGGAUAUGGCUGCGGCGGAGAGUCUAUUGAAGGAGUGCUGUAAAGAGAAUGGUUACGUUGCGGAGCCGCAUUUGGUGCUCGGGCAAGUUUACAUGGCGGUGGAAAGGUAUGAGGAGGCGGAGAGGGAGGCGGAGGAAGGGCUAAGGCUGCUGUUGGAGUGGGGGAGCCCGUGGGAUAAGAGGAUGAGUUGGGAGGGUUGGGUGGCUUGGGGAAGGCUUUUACUGCAGAAGGCUAAGGCAAGGUCGUGGCCUAAGACUUCCUUUGGGAUCAUCAGUCUCGGUCUAGUAAGGUGA